CUGAAAUGAAAAAAUUGAGAGGAAAAAACGUUGAAUGAAGUGAGGGAGAGCGUUUCUCAAAACCCUCUGCAGAAGAACCCUCUCCUCUCUCCACCACCAUAAACCCUCUCUUCCCAAGAUGGGUCCAUCGGAACGGUAUUGUUACAAUCCGGCAUUGCGGUGGAAUCCUCAAGUGGAAGAGUAUUUCGUCAAAGCUUACGGAGCUGACCAUUUCGCUCGAAUUUCCAAGGCCCUCACGCAGCCGUCGUGUUACUCUUGUAUACGAGUGAAUACACUUAAGUCAACAAGUGACUCCGUCAUCAAGAAGCUUAGUUCCCUACUACAGGAGAAUGGGUGGCUAAGCGAACCUUCUAAAGGAACCGAUGCUGCUAAUAACUCUGAUGGUAUUGCAACUGAACCAGUUGUUUCUGAUGGUUCCCCAGACGCUGCCUUGAAAAAUUCUUUCAUUUCGAAGUGUAAGAUACCCGGCCUAGAUUAUGUAGUUUUUGUCCAAGGGUCUGGACCACAUACCAUUGAUUAUGGGUAUAAGGAAGACAAACCUCCUAAGGAAGUGAUUGUGAGCCGCAAAUGUGCAGAAGCAGUUCUUCGUGGUGCUCAUGUGUAUGUACCCGGUGUUUUGGCCUGUAGUGCUCAUGUGGAGAAAGGAGAACAAGUUGCAGUUUCAGUUGCAUUGGAGCAGCCUGGUGCUGAUGGCGGAUGGGGAGUUGGUUUUACACGUGGAACUGUACUUCAGGGAUCACAAGCAGAUCCUUUUUAUUUUGAACGGAAUGGCCUCUACAUUGGUCAAGGAAUCAGUAUGAUGUCCAGAGCUGGGAUGUUCCGGGUAUCUCAAGGAGUUGCUUUGGACCUGAAUAACAGAGUAUUUAACCUACCUUCAUUUAACGAUUUACUCGAGGGGGAAAUAUUUCUUCAGAAUCUCCCUAGCAUCAUCACCGCUCAUGCCUUAGAUCCUCAAGAGGGAGAGAAGAUAUUAGACAUGUGUGCAGCUCCUGGAGGUAAGACCACAGCAAUUGCUAUCCUCAUGAAGGACAACGGAGAGGUGAUUGCAGCUGAUCGAUCUCACAAUAAGGUGCUUGAGAUCCAGAAAUUGGCAGCUGAAUUGGGAUUGAAGUGUAUAACUACUUAUAAGCUUGAUGCUCUUAAAUCUGUUCAGCGUAUAAGUAAAUCUGAUAAUCAGGAUGCUACACAGGGUGGGGUGAAUGGGAGCAUUCAAAACCCCGAGUUACCAAAAUCUGGACUUGAGAAAGUAUCAGAUACCGCUCUAGGGUUUUCUCAAGACAAAGUAGCUACCCUUGAUCAACCAAAGAAUGGAAAGUACACCAGUAAUGCAGAGCACAGAAAGAAUAUGCGGGUAAUGAGAAAUGGGCCUGGGCGAAAUAAUACUUUAGGUGGAAGAGUUGAAAAGUGUAAAGGAUUUUUCCCCAAUACAUUUGAUCGGGUUCUUCUUGAUGCUCCUUGCUCUGCUCUUGGUCUAAGACCUCGGUUGUUUUCUGGAGAGGAUACUAUGGAGUCAUUACAAAGCCAUUCCAAGUAUCAGAGGCGGAUGUUUGACCAGGCAGUACAGCUUGUUCGCCCUGGUGGAGUCAUUGUGUACUCAACGUGUACAAUAAAUCCAGGUGAGAAUGAGGCACUGGUUAGAUAUGCAUUGGACACACACAAAUUCCUCUCGUUGGCAUCACAGCAUCCGAAGGUAGGAGGACCUGGCCUUGUUGGGGGUUGUCAAUUUCCAGAUGGAUACCAAGAGGAAUGGUUGAGACCUGGCGAAGAGGAUUUUGUUCAGAGAUUUGAUCCUUCCUCAGAACUCGAUACUAUGGGCUUCUUCAUCGCCAAGUUCAACGUUGGUGGAAAAGACAUCUAACUUUAAAGUAAAACUCACAUGUCUCAAGAAUCCAAGAUAGCAUUCGCCAUUAUUUCGUCCUUGUGUCUGUCCUUGAACGAUUGCGGGCUUGAUAAGGUGAAAAUUUUUGUUUCUAUAGUAGAGAAAUUUUCAGAAGCAUGAUAUGAACUCAUAC